CCGCGGACGCGGCGAAGGCAAGGAACGACACCACGGCGGGAAAGCAAAGUGAUCCUUUUGUCGCAACUGCCACAGAUGGAUCCGACGCAACAAGGGAAGCACCGCGGGAAAACUUUGAUGCGCCACCAGAACCAGAAGGUAUGAUGAAGUUGAAGAAUGAACCCCAUACCCCUCAGCAAAAGCGCAAGCGGUUCGCGAUCGGAAUCAACGCACACCUGAUGAGCGACCUGUUCAAAGCCUCGAUCGACAUGGGAUCCGCGUCCAAAGCCGCACUCGCCCUGCAGUUUGGCAAGAAGGACGGCGGGCUGCUCGCCUUCUGGCAACAGGCGGGCCUGCGAUAUUUGCGCGAGUACGGGGUGGAUUUUUUCCUGCUCGUUACCAGCCCGAGCCGGCAAGAAUUCGAGCUGGAUGCGAUUUUCUCGAAAACGGAUGGCGUGACACGGGAAGAGGAAGAAGUUUUGGCGCAGCUGAAAACGACACAGCAAAAGAACGUCGAAAUGGAGGAAGGAAAAGAUGUUCAUACGCAAGAACAUGAAGAUGUCGAGACUGUUAAAGUAGACGCGCAAUGUGGAACGCCUAAAGAAAUUGCUACGUGGUCGACCACUUCUUCGGAGAGAAAAGAGCACGAAACUACCGCAGCCGACCGUCACUUUGGUUCGCUCGCCCGGCUCUUUGCGACAAACGUACUUCCAGAAGAGGACGAGGAAACCGACCCAGUGAAAAUUGCGGAGCUUCUGACCGAUCCGGACUAUGUUCACCCCGAAAAAGUACCAGACCCAGGACGGUAUCUCAACCACAUCAAGGUGCUUAAACAAAACUUUUUCAGAAACCUCUAUUGUCUUCAUCUUGUUUAUUUCCUCGUAGGUGGACCUUUCAUCUCAAAUCCCAAUCGUGUGUUGAUCAUGGUACUUUGCAAUUGCAUCCGACGUUUUUCUAAAAACACAUUUUCGGUCUUUUUAGAUUACAGUUGAUACAUAUAAAAAAAAAACAACAUAAUACAGUUACGAAGAAGACUUCUACGCCCCCAUGCAGCGUCACUGGGUGCAGAACCGCGUCACAGAGAGCGACGAAGAUGCGCCGGACCUCACCCAGCAACUCGCCGAACUGUAUAGAGAAGCGGUAAGCCACAUCGAGCAAAAGGGGCAAGCGAAGGACCCAAGCAACAUCAAAGCUUCUUCGGGAAGAGUAAAAGAUGCAGUAGACACGACCAGUACCACUCUCCCCGCGGCACACGCCGAUGGAAGUACAGUUCAGCAGAAACCCGCACUCCAACAAGAUGUCAGUCCAUCGAAUUUGCUCCACGCGGCCAUAGACUGCGGAAAGACCCCACAGUCUCCGAAGGUCAGGAAUCUGUGCCUGUCUCCGAAGUACCCGCUGACCAUCCGCCAGUACCAGAAGUUGCGCUCCCUCGGGGUCCACGUGGUGAAUUACCCUUUGAAGCGGAAACUGCUACAGCACAUGCACAAGUCCCACUGGAGCAGCAAAGUCGCGGACAAGUGGCGAUACGGGCUGGCGGCGAUGACAAGGUUUGCGCUGCUGGAGCUGGCGGAGGUCGGCCGGUACGACGCGUUCUUCUGUCUGGAGCUUUAUCAUUUGCAAAAACGACCUCACCUGCACCUGCUCCUCACAGUUGUCAUGCAGAUUGGCAGUGACAGCGACAGGAACUGAACAUGAGCAUUUCCAUUUGUAAUGCGGAUUCCCAUGAGUGGCAUUCCUAGUCGUGUUUUGGAAUUUGUAGUGCUGGAAAUUAUAGGAUGAAACAAUGGAUUUGAGAUGCGGCUGUCCUUCUUAUUUAUGACCUGCACUUCUACUUACACUACGGACUGCAGCAACUUGUGAUGCGCGGCGCCCAAAACUUUUAGACUUGUGUUGCGAAAUCCCCACCCUGACUCUGGAGUGCUGGGGGAGUUCGUUUGUCCUCAGGAUAAACUCGACAUGGUGGUCUUCAACCCGUUUCGCGUCUUGCACCUGCUCGCGUACGUGACCGACGGAAGGAAGAGGGCGAGAAAUGGACUGUUUUUUGAUAGCAGUAGUUCUAGUUGUACUUCGACUUCUAAAUUCUGCGAUCAGGGCGAGGCCAAGACACUGUCGAUGGAAGGAGCGGAAGAACAGACACAAGAACAUCCGAAAUUCGAUAGCGUCUUCUUCACGAACGGGGACUACCAUUUCGUUCACGAGGGCUUUCUGAUUUUCACGAAGAUCAGAACGCCUCCUAAAAGAGAAAUCGCUGGUUUCUCUGCCACGUUAGAAGAACAAUUGAGCCAGCAGUCCGACGAGAUUGAAUCUGCCAGGGCUAGAAGUGGUACAACGACCGGGCUGGACCACACAAGUACAGCGGUUCUACCAUCAUCAACUCGUCGUUUUCAAAAUAGAAGAAAGUUCAUCGAAAGCCGCUAUUUGGUGUUUGAAGAGGACAAAAAAAAAGAAAUAAAGCAGUCCCCUGAAGAAGAGGACUCAGAAAAACAAGACCCUAGCGAUCAUAAGAUUCCCCUCCAGAAAUCUAACCGGCUGGUCGCUCGAGUAACCACGCAAGCGGCGGAAGAGUUGUCGCCCUUUGCGCGGUAUCAAAUGUAAAAAUGUCUGGGUCUGGAAGAAUACGAGAUUUGUGAUGCAGAUUUUCCAUGACCCAUGAGAUCUGGAAUGCGAGACCCAGCAUGGCAGGCUCUUUGAGGUCUCUAUCAUGCCUUUCCUCCAUGAGAAACUCCCUCUCAACUUGGUCAAAAGCGGACAGAUUUUGGUACUCACGCAACACAGAUUUUUGCAUCAUUCAGAUUUAGCAUGACAAGUUCUAAUCUUCGAGACCCAGACAUUUUUACAUUUGAUACGCGGAUUCUCCUUUUGUUGGAAUAUCUGCCCGUGACGGAAACGCAAAUCAACGAAAACCGGAAUUUCCUGCCCGACAACAGGUCCGUGCCGAAAACGGACCUCCUAUCCUGAGUAAAAACGUCCCCACCCCAGAGUUGUCAUGCAAAUCUGCACGCCAAAAAAGUCUCUCAUGCGGAGCCGCAUGAAAGCUAUUUUCUAGUAGUGUUUUGGAAUUUCUGAUGCUAGGAUCAGCAUGACAUGCUAGAUCUGUGAUGCUUCGGAACUAGCUCAACAGGAUUACACUACAAGGACAAAUUUGUCAUGCGAAACAACCAAAGCUGGCUGACUUGUCUAGCAGAUUUCCCAUCUUAACUCUGGUGUGGGGACAUUUUUACUCAGGAUAUCUCCAUAAUGGCCUGAACGGGUUUUACGACGAGAACGGGAUCGGCGCCGGGCUGCUGUACGUCUUUUUCCGCAGUGACGCCCUUCGCGUUCUGGAGCCGUUUGUGCUCGACCGCUUAUCCCACGAAAAAUAAAGUGUUUCACUGUAAAAGUAUGAACAAUUUUCUUUUGCAGGUUUUGCAUCACAAGUUUGUAGUUCUACAUGACAGACGAGAAAAUUUGGCAUGCAGUGCUCCUAAGUGAAAACGCAGCUAAAAGUAAAAAUCCAUUGUCUUGCGUGUGUAGCAAGAUAAACACGUGUGAGAUGCAUUUUCUGCAUUGCAAGUUUACGGUGAAACAAUUUUUCUUUCUGGCGAUACCGUUGCCAGUGGAAUUAUUACCUGGAAGUGCAGUUUCGCUCGAAGGGUCGAGCGAUCAAGGGCGAGCAGCUGUACGCCAUCGACGAGAAACACCAAGGGUGGAAUGCGAAGAAGCCAGUGGAAGAUGGAGCAGACGAAACUGCGUCGAUAGCACUAGAGCAGGGGGAGAAUGCAAUAGAAGUAGACGACAGCGUAAUACACCCGUCCCCACGUGGUGCGCACCAACUCGCGGUCUCAAAAUUUUACGAACCCUUCCAGAGGGUGACGCAAGACUUGGCAGUAGAGGAACAGAAGUAUGUUUUGCUACAGCAAAUUCGAAACGGAGUUGUAGGUAAGGGCGAGGAAGUAAGGGGUGCAGAGGAUGCAGGGCAAGUAGACGCAAAUACUACAUGGAUGGGCGCUCUGUUCCGAACAACCUCGUUGUUUGAGCAGAACGCUGAAAAUCCAAAAGCUGACCAAGAAAAACUCCCUCACGUCGACCCUCCUCUGCAGCCGUUCCCCCAUGCCCACCAGCCUUCCGGGUGGUGUCGCACGGCCAGCUUGCGGCCUCUCGUGAAUGACCCGGAGUACGGGAUGUGCUUGGAGUGGCCAGUGGAAAUCCCAGACCACGGCCUGGAGGCCCGGGUCGACCGCUGCGCAGCCUACGAAGGCCCGCCAGUUAUCAUUCACAAGAUGGAGCGCAGUCUGCUGCUCCAGCUGGCCUAUUAUCAGGAGGAAUUCAGACACUGUAGUCACUAUGGUGUCAUUUGAACUGGAGGUGAAGACCGUGCAGCGCCAGCUGGAAGAAAUAAACAGCGCAAAGAUAGUAAGUACUAAAUUACCUGCAACUGGCAUCUAGUUCCGUG